UGAAGGUUGGUGACUGUUAACCAAUGAUCCUGCCGGACGUGGAAUCGCGGUUGUUUGUAUUGACAAUUUUGCAGUUGUUCGCGAUCUUACUCGUAUGAACCCCAGCUCCGGCAUGUUUUAAUUAAACUGAUUGUUUCGCUCUAUACUGAAGUCGCUACCCAAAGGUUCUUUGACUGGCUGAUAUUCACGUGCCUUUGGACUGAAAACGAAUUCACGUACUAGAAAUUACAAUGAUUCCUUUGUUGAUCUUAUUGCUUGGUAAUAUCAUGCAACUAACAUUAACCGUACGUGGUGAUGAUUGCGAAAAGUGUAAAAAUGUUGCAAAAGGUUUUGUUUUAGGAUUUCGCAAAUCAGCUGGUAAAAAUUUUGGAGGAGGAAAUUCUCUGUGGGAAGAAAAGCACUUAGGAAGUUACUCUGUUAGCGAAGUACGCUACCACGAUAUAAUCGAAGGAAUUUGCAGUGAUGCCAAGCAAGCAGUUAAGUGCCAUGAGUUUCUGGAAAACAUUGAGCAUCAUUUAGAAGAAUGGUGGCUUAGGGAUUUUAGGAGUGAUGCUAAUAAAAUAGAGGGGUUUGAAGAGGAUCUUUGUGUCAAUCGAACAAAGUUUUGCUGUCCUGCUAAUUCCUUCGGGACUUCAUGUCUUUCAUGUCCAUCAUGUUAUCCUACUGGUGGCAGGUGUGAUGGUAAUGGAACACGUUCUGGAACAGGAAGUUGUAUAUGCAACGACGGAUAUACAGGAGAGCUAUGCAACAAGUGUACCUUAGAAACUCACUUUCAGUCCCACAAUGACCUUUCGAUGGCAUGCAUACGAUGUCAUUUGUCGUGUUCCGGUGGUUGUUCUGGUCCAUUUUCUGAAAAUUGUUCUGCUUGUGCUGUCGGAUGGGUAAACGUAGAUUCUGGUGAUCAGAAAGGAUGUGUUGAUAUAAAUGAAUGUGAUCAUAAUCCUUGCAACAGAUCUACACAUUUUUGUCUAAACAAACCUGGUUCAUACGAAUGUGUUUCUUGCCAUUCCGCUUGCGAUAAAUGUUCUGGUUCGACUGCAAAUGAUUGUGAAUCUUGUGCAAAGGGUUACCAAAGAGGAAGUGGAGAUGUAUGUGAAGAUAUCAAUGAAUGCAAUGCUGACAGUAAUAUUUGUAAUAGCGAAGGAGAAAUUUGCAUAAACACAGUUGGGAGUUUUAAAUGCGAUUGCAAGAAUGGAUACAAGCGGACAAGCAGUGGAUGUGUGUUGGUUGCGAAACCAGAAGAAGGUUCGAAAACAUCUAGUAAGUUCGGAACACAGUCAACGGUUCAUAACUUUAACUCACGCAAUCGUAACACACAGAGAAUAAUAUGGACUGUCACUUACACAAAAGAAUUCCUCAAAUACUCUGCAUCUCUAGUCUCAUUUGGCACGUUUUGUUGGUUUGCUAAGGGACAUCUUUUCGCAAUUAUGUUUGCUUCAUUAAUAAUUGGCUUAUAUGUGUAUUUUCAGAGUAUUAAGUUCGAUUUUUUAUUUGUGAACCAAAAAUAGACACGAGUUCUUACUGAAUCUUGUAAUUCCUCCCUACAGAAUAUGUGGAAACUGGACGAAGUGUCGAUGGUGACGAUACUUUGAAAAAAGAUAAGCUAUAUUCUAAUCAUUUUUCGGAAGAACUUUGACUUCAGAGUGUGCAAUCAUUUUGUUUAAAACAAAUCUUAAUCGUGGCUAUUAAAUGUAUUAAUUUUAUAGUCUUGAUGAAUUUUUCGUCUUUGACAUUCUCUAUCUUGUCGUCGAGCUCUUAUCAUGAUACUCCGGACUAGGUUAAAUACUACGUUUUGUAUGCAAGCUAUUUUAUAUUUUUCAAAUUCAUGUCUAUGUUUUACCAGUCACUUUUGUGGUGUUUUAGUCAAUACAGAUAAAUUACAUCAAUUCAGAA